UAACUUCCAAACAUGGCUUGCAGUAUUUUCCGUCUCGGUUCGUGGUUGGUAAGUUUCCUUUAUUUGUUUGGAUUUUUCGGUAAGAACCUCGCUGAAGAUGCCACGACGCUGAGACAUGAGGUACAAACACUGCGUAAAACUGUUGGACGUCUAGAAAAACUAAUCGGUGAUUAUGACAAUCGCUUUAAACAAUUGGAAUCCAUUAACCUUGCCCUUCAGGUCACGGUUUCAAAUCAAAAGAAAGAGAUGGAAAAAAUGGAAGAGAUGAUUCAAGAUUUACAAAGACAUAUCCACGGGCAAGACGUUAAGCUACGUGCGAUUUCCAACACACUGAGUACCAGUUUAGAUAUUGCAAAACUAGAUGGAAGCGAUGGAGAAGAGCUGGGUAUUAAAAGGGACGUUGGAAUCGAGAAACCCGAUGAGACCAAGACGCGCGCAUUAAUGAAACGAUUGUUGACUGGUUCCCUAACCGUACCAGUUGCAUUUCAAGCCUACAUGAGUGCGGGACAACAAACGCCGCAUGGACACGAAACUAUAAUCUUCGAAACUGUCCAACUGAACGUAGGAAAUGGCUAUCACCGCGCUUCUGGAAUAUUCGUCGCCCCGGAGUCAGGCCUCUAUGUAUUUGCAUGGUCUAUCCGUCUUUACGGAAACUCGUACCAUUCAGCUCAGCUUGUAGUUGACAAUCAAGAGUAUGACGCGGUGUAUCUGUCGGUCCGUGACGGUGACAACGAGAAUGUGAGUGGUACCGCCGUGGCCCAACUGGAGAAAGGGGUGGAUGUUUUCGUGAGAACACAUCAGGCGUAUAAUUUGGGCAAUAUCGAAAGUGAUCCUGUUGGGAGAACCUCUUUCUGUGGAUGGAAGAUAAAUUAAGAGUAAUGUCUGUUUCACACUGGUUGUUUUAACAGUAGA